AUGAGAUUCAGCACGGUUUCCUUUCUUCUACUGGCCGGCUGUAGUACGGGUAUCCCUCAUGAAAUCCGUGGUGGUUCUCAUGAGGUGAACGGUGCUUCUGGAGGCCAUCCCGAGAAGCUCUUGGGUAGGGCAGAGAAGAGGUCCACCGACCUCCAAGUUGAUGGUUCCCGGGCUCUCACGGUUCGCAGCGAUGCGUACGAAGAAGACCCAAUUGACGGGACAGAAGAGGAGGAUAUUGAUCUCGAGGAACUGGAGGAGAUUGAGAUGGGCAAGGGCUUGAAGGGCCGAGCUAUCGAUCCCGAGACUGAUCCUGAUUCCGCUCACCUCAUGCCACGGGCCAAAGGAGAAAAGGUCUCGCUUGAUCAACUCGCCAACUCACGUUACAAGAAGCCACACGCUGAGAUUGCUCUCAUCCACGCCUACAACAAAUACCGAAAGCCGCUGCCGAAUCAGCAGCUCAAACAGAUUGCCGCUCAAGAAGAAGCCUUUGUGAAGAACAAGCUCGGCAUGAAGGGCAGUGCAGCAGCAACACCUCCCGCGUACUACGACUCCCAAUACGUAGUCCCUGUUCAGAUCGGCAGUCCGCAGCAGACUACUUAUUUGAACUUUGACACCGGCUCAUCUGAUCUCUGGGUCUUUUCUACCGACACGUACCAACCUGACCAGGCGGGCCACAUCCUCUACAAACCAGACAAGUCAACGAAAUGCAAGCGACUAAAUGGCCAGACAUGGAGCAUCAAGUACGGCGACGGCACCGGUGCUAACGGAAUCGUGUACCUGGAUACAGUACGAGUUGGAAAGACUUAUGUCAACCAAAUGGCUGUGCAAUCUGCUACUGAGGUGUCUGACGGCAUCGCCUCAGAUAAGUUUGCUCAUGGCAUCCUGGGUUUAGCCAUGUCGAGUCUCAACACCGUCCGACCGACUGCUCAAAAGACAUACUUUGAUAGAGUCCAAGACGCUUUGGAAGUGCCCAUUUUCACUGCCAAUUUGAAGAAGGGCUCUGCUGGAAACUACAACUUUGGAUACCUCGAUCAAAGCGAGUAUUACGGAUCUGUGGGCUUUGCCGCGGUAAAAAAGGACAGCCCAUGGUGGCAGAUCACGGUUGAGGGCUUCCGUGUCGCUCAGGGUGCACCGUGGCACAAGUACAAGUACUCAGCUAUUGUCGACACUGGCACCACUUUACUUCUUCUGCCCGACUAUCUGGUCAAUUUCUACUACAAGAAGGUGAAGGGCGCCUACAUUUCCCAGGACUAUGGUGUCUGGGUCUUUCCAUGCACAGCCAAGCUUCCCAGCUUCUACUUUGGGUUUGGCAAUUACCGUGGCAAGGUCCCUGGUCAUUACAUCAACUAUGGCCGUAUCGAACCGACGCUCUGCUACGGUGGCAUCCAGACGUCGGAAGGUAUUGGGUUCGCCAUCUUGGGAGACAUUCUCCUCAAGGCCCAGUUUGUCAUUUUCGACCUCAAGGGAAACCGAGUCGGAUUUGCCAACAAAAACACAGUCAAGGAAUGA